AUGGGAUGCGGGGGGGGCAUCUGCAGCCGCAGGGCUGGCACCGGGGGCACACCGGCAGCUGGAGGCGUACACGAGGGCACCGCCAGCAUAACCCCGGUGCUGGGGACACGACGGGACCUCCGCAGUGCCCGGAGAGGCCGCGGGGGCGGCCCAGGCGAUGCUCCCAGCACCGAGCACGGCCACGGCCGGCCAGGCGGCCCCGGGGCCUCGCUACCGGCGGGGGGGACGCGUGGCGUCAGCGUGACGUCAGCGGCGCCCCGGGCUGUCAGCUGGAGCCGGGCGAGCCGCGCUGACGAGGCAGCCGGUCUUAAAGGGGGCCGCACCCGCCGAGGGCGGGCCCCGCCGGCGGCAGGAUUAGCUGGCUCCCGUCCAGGUGGGACCCUGCCAGCAGGGAUGGAUGCCCGAGGUGCUGCCGUGCCCACCCUGCUCCUGGCUAACCAGCACCAGUUCUUCAGUGGCAAGCUUUAUGUCCUUCUCCAGUAGCUAAAGCUGCCAGUUGAAGAACUGUUGAAUGUAGCCACUCUCUUCUCGUCCCUGGGACCUUGGAUGCCAGCCAGAGCCGUGCCCUGAGCCACCAGGAUGAGCCACUCUGCAGAGUGCUGUGCAUUGGAGGGCUGAGGAUGAGUCUGACCGGGAUGAAGAAAGUCUCCUGGAGGAUUGCAGGCAGCUGUGCCAGAAGGGUUGCCAAACUGUCCCCCCCCUCAGUGGGGUGGCACUGAGCUGGGAGGAGACUGAGAGAAGCAUUAAACGUUGUUUUGCUCAA